AUGUCGUGCGCAUGUAGACAGCAGCCUGUGGAGACGUGCGGGUAUUCCACGGACAUCUGGAGCAUGACUCCGCAACUGAAGCUUUCUACUGCAUCUGGUCCGGUGGAGAUCACCUAUGAAGAUGGCGUCUGGAGCUGCAAUAACGCUGCAGACACAGACAUCCAGAAGCUUCACGACAGCGCCACUAAACUUGAGCAUCAGAAAAAGCACCUUGAAGACAAAUUACGAUCCAUUGAGGAGGAGUGUCGCAAGAAAGAGCGUGCCAUUGAGCUAAUCCUGGGCUCGAAUAAGUGCACAACUGUGCCCCGCAGGAAGACACCCGUGUUUACUGCUGUACCUGGGGGUUAUUCUGAAAAGACUCUGUUUUCGGAAGUCAGGAGCUCUGCAACACUUUUGUAG